AAGAAUUGUUUCGUAUAAAGCUGUCUGUAGUGCUUUUUGGAGUUCAGAUUUCCAACAUACGUCGUGCGAGACGUACACUCCACCGCGGACGUUACCUAGCUGAUUAUCUUUACGAAAACGACAGCAUUAGUUAUCGUUCAAACGAAGUCACAUUUCCUAUGAUGCGAGUUGGAGUUACCGCCCUUUGAUAACAUGGCUAUGAUGUUCAAGUCAGUCAAGUGUCCCAACGAGGAGCUGUCUCUCAGUCACUGUGCCAUAACAAGCCCCAGUGACUUCCAAAAUGGCCAACACAUACAGGUGACAGUUUCGCCACAUGCUCAAUUCCUGUUCACUGCCAUGCCAGAUCCCAUCAUCAGCCCUGGCAGGAUUGGCUUCAAUGCCAUGCACAGGAAGUGGGCCAGCAUCACCCUGAACGCAGACCUGCCUGUGGAGGUGGUGAAGCUGGACACCCGCAGGGAGACAGUCGGAUCCAUUGUGCUGGAGAUCGACUUCCUCAACAAGAAAAAUGCUUCAUCAGAGUCAUUUGACAGUGAUAAGAUGGCAGCAGAGUUCUGCAUGAAGUUUGGCAGUCAUGUUUUCACACAGGAUCAGCCACUGGUUUUCAGCUAUGAAAAAAAGUUGUUCUCUGUCCGAGUCAGAGAGCUGGAGGUGCUGGACUUCACAGCUGUCAAGGAGAAGAUGGAGGGAAAACCACGAAAAGCUAAUAAAGGCAUGUUGACACCCAACUCUGCAGUGAUCUUUGAGAAAGCUGAAAAUUCCAUGCUGAAUCUCAAAGGAAAAUCUAAAGGGAAAUCUACCUAUCAGUCAAUCAUCAACCCAGACUGGGACUUCAACAAGAUGGGUAUUGGUGGCCUGGACAAUGAAUUCUCUGCCAUAUUCAGAAGGGCAUUUGCAUCCCGAGUUUUCCCUCCCGAUGUUGUUGAGCAGAUUGGUAUGAAGCAUGUCAGAGGCAUAUUGCUGUUCGGCCCACCUGGAACUGGCAAGACCCUGAUGGCAAGACAAAUAGGAAAGAUGCUUAAUGCUCGGGAACCCAAAAUUGUAAAUGGCCCACAGAUUUUGGACAAGUAUGUAGGUGAAUCAGAAGCUAAUGUCCGGAAGCUGUUUGCAGAAGCCGAAGAGGAAGAAAAGAGGUGUGGCAGGAAUAGUGGUCUACACAUCAUCAUCUUUGAUGAAAUAGAUGCCAUAUGCAAGUCCAGAGGAUCAGUGGCUGGCAAUACGGCUGUGCAUGACACUGUGGUCAACCAGCUGCUGUCUAAGCUGGAUGGAGUGGAGCAGCUCAACAACAUUCUUGUCAUAGGGAUGACUAACAGGAAGGACAUGAUUGAUGAUGCACUCCUCCGACCAGGCCGACUUGAGGUGCAGAUGGAAAUCGGUCUCCCAGAUGAACAUGGACGUGUCCAGAUCCUUGACAUUCAUACUAUGACCAUGAAGGAGAACGGAAAGUUGGAUUCUGAUGUGGAUAUUCCUGAGUUAGCUGCCAUCACAAAGAAUUUCAGUGGGGCUGAGAUUGAGGGAUUAGUAAGAGCAGCUCAAUCUACAGCCAUGAACAGACUUAUCAAAGCAACAUCGACAGUGGAGGUAGACCCAGAUGCUAUAGAGAAGCUGCGAGUAUCCCGAGUAGACUUUAUGCAUGCUUUUCAGCAUGAUGUUAAACCUGCAUUUGGUAGCAGCAAGGAUGAGUUGGACCGGUUCAUGACAAAUGGUAUCAUCAACUGGGGCUCACCAGUGAACAGAGUGCUAGAAGCUGGAGACCUCACAGUGUCACAGACCAAGACCAGUGACAGAACACCCCUUGUCACCAUGUUAUUGCAAGGUCCUCCUUCCAGUGGCAAGACUAGUCUAGCUGCAACUAUUGCCAAGAGAUCAGAUUUACCCUUUGUGAAACUAUGCACCCCAGAGAACAUGAUUGGGUAUACAGAAACUGCAAAAUGCCAGGCGAUCAAGAGGAUAUUCGAUGAUGCAUACAAGUCCCCCCUCAGCUGCAUCCUCAUUGAUGAUAUAGAAAGGCUGCUGGAUUACGUGCCAAUUGGUCCACGUUUCUCCAACUUGGUUUUGCAAGCCCUUCUUGUUCUACUGAAGAAAUCCCCACCUCAGGGUCGCAAAUUGCUGGUGAUCGGCACGACAAGUCGCAAGGAUGUCCUGGAUGACAUGGAGAUGCUGAAUGUCUUCAGUACAGUGAUUCAUGUGUCCAACAUAUCCAUGAGUGAACACCUAGUGGCAGUUCUGGACAGCAUGGAUGUGUUCAGCAAGAAGGAGAUGGAACUGGUAGAGAGGAGGACAGCUGGCAAGAGAUUAUUUAUUGGCAUCAAGAAACUAUUGAUCAUCAUAGAGAUGUCAAGACAGAUGGAUGAGUCUCUGCGUGCGGACAAGUUGGUUGAUAUCCUGGAGGAUGAAGGAGCACUAGAGAGAUGAGGACAGCCUGGUCAUGCUGGCUCUUAGAAACCUUAUUUAUUCACUUGCUACUUGAUGUACCUGACAUUGUUGUUGUGUUGUUGUCACUUGUUGGUGUAUGUUGGGUACAUUCCAGCAGCUGUACUCUGGUACAGGCUACACCAGUCCAGGGUGUGACACAGUGUCACCCACUGGGCACAAACUCUACCAGUUCUGUGUUUCAACAGUGUUAAAAGUGCAGCAGUUUAGGACAUAGUUAUGCAUAGUGACAGACAGCUGGGUAGCAAAGACAGUGAUCCUGGAAUAAUCAAUGUUAGCACACUUUCAUUAUGUAAGAUGUAUUUACUAUGGUAAGCACUUUAUUGUCUUGCAAUUGCCUGCAACUUGUGUAAAUACUGAUGUUAAUUGUAUACAGUUUUCUCAAUGUGAUUCUUGAAAUAUUGAAUGUCCAGUAUUAAUUUCCUGUUCUUUGUGCCACAUUCACACUCAUUAUCAAAAGUUGUUGUUUUUAAUGUACAAUUACAAUUCAGAAAGAGAACAAAUGCUAUUUUUGAUCCAAAACAAUAUUCAUCUUUUGAGAUUUAUGUACAAGUUAUCUUUCAAUAUCAUUUGAUGUGUAAGGGCAAAUUACUGUAAGUUGUCAGUGUUAGUGAUUUAUAUAAAUAACUGCUUCAUACAUAAAAUUACUCCUACGCGCAGAUAUAUGGAAACAAAUGUGCAAUACAUUAUCUGCUGAUUGAGCUGAAAUUACUGUGUACAACAUAUCUUUAGUCUCAUUCAUGACCACUCAGACAUCAUCUUCAUGUCAAUAUUUCCUUGUGGCCCUCAGGCUCGUUGACUUGGUUGAUGCAUGACAUCGAUCACAAUUGCACGGAUCGAUGCUCAUGAUAUCAAUCACUGGAUUGUCUGGUCCAGAAACGAUUAUUUACAGACGGCCGUCAUAUAGCUGGAAUAUUGCUGAGUGCGUCAUUAAACAACAAACAAACAAACAAAACCUUGUGGGCCAAAACAGAAACUUGUGUUUAUUAUGAAAAUAUGAUGUUAUUAAUAAGGUAUGCUUAAAGGAAUAAAUACACAAAUGUUUGAACACUAUUGAUACAUGUUGUAGUUGAUUCUCAAAAUUCUAUUUAAAUUAAUUGUGAAACGUUUGAAGCAAUAAGCUCUGUGCAGAUAUUCGGUGAAGGUAAUCAAAUCAUGCCUGAUACUAUAUUACCAAGACCUUUAGGAGGCUCCUGUUGUUUGAACACUAAGGAAAGAUAAAAUAGUACAGAUGAUACUUUAGACACUCUAUUUAUGUGGUUUAUUAAAAAUCUUUAAAUUUCAUUCAGUUUCACAAUAGUGUGAGACAUGUUGAUAUUCUAUUUGUUUUUAUCAGCAGGACAACUCAAAUUAGUAAAUUUUAUACAAAUGCUUAUAUUUAUAUCCUUGGAAUUGACACUUUACACUGAAAAAAUCUUUUUAGGGCUCUCAUCAAAGAAAACAUUUGGGUCCUAGUAUUUAUUCAAACCUCAUCAUCUGGUAGCACUAAAGAAAGGAAUAUUUCUUGGGGACUUGCUGCAAAUCAUAAAUUCAGGUUAUAUGUUUACAAAUUAUGCACUUGCAUAAACCAUGAAGAACGCCUAUAAAAUUACAGCUGCAAAACCAGAUAUUUGAAUAAGAAUGUUUGGCGACAAUUUAUUUUUUUCGAUAAAAUCCCAGACCCCCUCUCCCUGAAUAUCCAAUGGUUGGUCCCCUAUACUUUGCAGAUAAAUAAAGAUUUGUUUUUUCUGAUAAAAUUAUUUCUCCAAUGAUUAAAUCAGAAAAGAAAAAUCUAGAAGUUUGAGUGUCAGUAUUUAAGACCGGUACUGGAGCAUGUAAGUGGAUCCUGGGCAUGGUACUGGAUCAGGUCAGAAUGCAAUUUGCUGUACAUGUAUUGCUCUUUUUAAGUGUCCAAGUUGCACUUUUAACUGAACUGUUCCAUAUACACAUGGUGAGAAAUAAAUUGAACCACAUCAGCUUUGACUUCUAUGAACUGCAGUCAGUGUUACAGAAUGUCAGGUGGACCAUCUGUUCAGAUGAAACCUCAACCUUUCUUGUCUGGUAAGUGCAAUUGGCUAUAGUUACAGGUUAGUUUGUACAAUUAGAGAAGUGAUCACAGGAAUGUGAGAAAGUGUGUUUUUAAUCAUUGAGGAGCUCACAAUUGAAUUUUAGUUUUUUGUAUGUGCUGUAUACAUGUUUUAUAUAAUGCAAGCAUAUUAUAAGUUAAAAGUAUUGUGUACUGCAUAAAUGUGACUGAUUUGAUCAGUACCCAUUUUCUAUACAGAACCUUCACUUUUAUCCAACUUUGUAUCAAGUAAACUGCUCUUCACCUGCCAAGUGUGGGAGUCUGUAGUUGUGAAUACCCCAUGUCAGCCCUUCUGAUGGCUGUUGACCUGGAGUUGUCUGGUGCACUGUGUCAGCCCCUCUGACAGCUGUUAACCUGGAGUUGUCUAAUGCACUGUGUCAGUCCCUCUGACAGCUGUUAACCUGGAGUUGUCUAAUGCACUGUGUCAGCCCCUCGGACAGCUGUUGACCUGGAGUUGUCUAAUGCACUGUGUCAGUCCCUCUGACAGCUGUUAACCUGGAGUUGUCUAAUGCACUGUGUCAGCCCCUCCCACGGCUGUUGACCUGGAGUUGUCUAAUGCACUGUGUCAGCCCCUCCCACGGCUGUUGACCUGGAGUUGUCUAGUGCACUGUGUCAGCCCCUCCCACGGCUGUUGACCUGGAGUUGUCUAGUGCACUGUGUCAGCCCCUCCCACGGCUGUUGACCUGGAGUUGUCUAAUGCACUGUGUCAGCCCCUCCGACGGCUGUUGACCUGGAGUUGUCUAAUGCACUGUGUCAGCCCCUCCCACGGCUGUUGACCUGGAGUUGUCUAAUGCACUGUGUCAGCCCCUCCGACGGCUGUUGACCUGGAGUUGUCUAAUGCACUGUGUCAGCCCCUCCGACGGCUGUUAACCUGGAGUUGUCUAAUGCACUGUGUCAGCCCCUCCCACGGCUGUUGACCUGGAGUUGUCUAAUGCACUGUGUCAGCCCCUCUGAUGGCUGUUGACCUGGAGUUGUCUGGUGCACUGUGUCAGCCCCUCUGACAGCUGUUAACCUGGAGUUGUCUAAUGCACUGUGUCAGCCCCUCCCACGGCUGUUGACCUGGAGUUGUCUAAUGCACUGUGUCAGCCCCUCCGACGGCUGUUGACCUGGAGUUGUCUAAUGCACUGUGUCAGCCCCUCCCACGGCUGUUGACCUGGAGUUGUCUAAUGCACUGUGUCAGCCCCUCUGACAGCUGUUAACCUGGAGUUGUCUAAUGCACUGUGUCAGCCCCUCCCACGGCUGUUGACCUGGAGUUGUCUAAUGCACUGUGUCAGCCCCUCUGACAGCUGUUGACCUGGAGUUGUCUGGUGCACUGUGUCAGCCCCUCGGACAGCUAUUGACCUGGAGUUGUCUAGUGUCACUGUGUCAGCCCCCUGCAGGUGCCUAUGCGCUAUGUCUAGAGGCUGCUGAAUGGUUCAGUCCCAGGUGUCAUGCCUCUAGCUGCCCAUUUAUCCUACACAGCAUAAGAUGUAUGACCAUUGGCAGAAUCAUUCCAAACAGUAGACUCAACAAUGUAUUAAUUAUUCUAUUUGGUAGAGCUAGAUGAUGUGCUACAGUGUUGUUGGUAGUUAAGGUUAGAAUUACUAAUUUACGUCUUAUCUUUGAUUACUUUUGACUUUUAUCUCCAGUCUGUAAAGAAUUAAACGCAAUAAAAUAAUGAGUUCCAUAGAAA